GGAUCAGAUAUCAAUAAUGCAGAGAACAAGAUCGUUGUUGAAAAUAAUGCAAAGGACGUAGGGAUACAUUGCGUGAUAAACAGAGAUGAUCUUCCCCAGUCGGACAGCGAGUCAAAGGGUUUAUAUAUGUGUCCCACAAUGAGGCAAUGCAGAGAUGAAAGCCGGGACAGAUUCAUAAUUGCACGGAUCGAAAACAACACGAUAUUCAAUUACUACCCGAAGGAAUAUAAAGUUAGCAUGAAUGGAACAUUGACUGUACGAAAGAUGUCAUCAAAGUAUGACGGAAUGGUGGUCUGGUGCAUAUUAAUGGUUCCGUUAAUUGGAGCGGGAGAAAACACAACUGUCAUUCAAAUAGCUAAAGGUACGACUUUGUCUGUCGAAAAACAAAGCAUUUAUCGUGGAAAUUACUUUUCGACUACUACCUCCCUUUCUUCCCCUUCAUUCGCUUAUGCACGUAGGAGACAGAUAAAUAGAACGCAGGAAAGGAAAAAAAACAUCACCGUUUUUAAUCAAUAUUUAAUUAGGCUUACAAAACUUUGUUCUCCUCUUUUUCAGAGAGGCCCAAAUUGAAUAUAAAUAGCCCACAACUGUUCGCGGUGGUCCAAGGAAUGACUCUACAUUUAGACUUCGAUGCAACUGGUUAUCCUUCUCCCCGGGUAAUCUGGUUUCGUGACGAGCAAGUUCUUCAAAACAGAUCAAUUGAAGAAAGCACAAGUUUGGUGCUAAGAAACGUCACUAAAAACGACGAAGGAAAAUACAAUUGCACGGCUACAAAUCUUCUAGGAAGUGAUAGUUAUGAGGUGCAAGUAAAUGUCAUCGGUGAGUUUUAA